AUGCCAAGAGCAGCACCGUCGACCCCUACGUCGACUACGUCCACAGAUCGGACGGGAUGUGGCUGCUUCGUCGCCUUCGGCCUCCUCGUCACCCAUGGCGGUCGUCGCCCUUGCCGGCGAUUAGCCCUGCUCCAGUCCUCCCCGCGUCCACGCGAGCUCUCCGUCGUCUCCCUCGCUCUAGGUAGAGCCGUAGUCCCGCCGUCCUCUUCGUCUUGCUCCGGCCGGGCCUGGGGCCGCUCCUCCCCUGCUCCUGCCUACUGCGCGGUUGCUGCUCCGCAACACGCGCUCGCCCGCCCGAGUCCGUCGCUCCCCUCGCCCGCGGCCAUGCUCUGCCUCGCCCCGCUCACCCCGCUUCGGCGCCCGCCUACGCAGCCCCACGCGCCCCGGCCAUCCCGCUCGCCCGCGCUUCCCCCUGCCGCCCGUGCUCACCCCACUCCACCAUUCUUCCCACCUCGCCUGACGCUGCCUCGUCCCGGCGUUCCCUGCCGUUGCUGCCUGCCUCCCUUGCCGAUGCAGCCGCCUGCAUCCACCGCCGCUGAGCCCGCCCCGAUUGUCGCCUGGCCGCGCGCCCGCCUCCGGCCGCCUGCGCUGCCGCCGCCCUACUUCGCCUGCCCGCAGCCGCUGCUGCUGACUGUGGCUGCCGGAGCCAUCGGCUCCUGA